GGCGCGCCGCCGCGGGCCUGGAAGGGGACACGAGAGAAAGCAGUCAAAGGGGCUGUGGUCUUUGUUUCCACCAAAAGAACUCACUGCAUUCUUCUGCUGAGAUUUACUGCAUCCAGAAAAUCAUGACCAAGCGCAAAUUGAAAAAUCCGAGAAAAGGACCCGGACGCAACAGGAAUCCAGAAGCCAAACAACAAGGGAAGAAGGACCCAGGAGUGCCUCAGAUUUUCCAUUUCAAAGAACAUGCCAAGAAGGCAGCAGAGAUGAAGAAGAAAAGGGUGGAGGAGAUGAGAGAGAAGCAGCGAGUUGCCAGGGAAAAGGAAAAGAAUAAACGGAGAAGCCUGGAGAGCUUCCAGCAAGAUGCCCUGAAGAGACAGAGGCAGUUUGAACAGAAGGAGAUGGACUUGAAAAACUUGGAGAAGGUUGUCCAGCUGGAAAAUGAGAACUCCCGAAAAGCCUACUACCGGGAGUUUAAAAAGGUGGUUGAAGCGGCAGAUGUGAUCCUUGAAGUCUUGGAUGUCAGAGACCCUCAGGGGUGCCGAUGUCCUCAAGUGGAGCAGGCGGUGGUGCAGGCGGGAACAAAUAAGAAACUUGUUCUGGUCCUGAACAAGAUAGAUCUGGUUUCUAAAGCAAUUGUGGAGAAGUGGCUGAAAUACCUAAGAAAUGAGUUUCCGACAGUCGCUUUCAAAGCUUCUACCCAACAGCAGAAUAAGAACUUGCAACGAAGUAAAGUCCCGGUGAAGCAGGCCUCUGCCGAACUUCUGAGUAGCGGUGCCUGCAUUGGGGCCGACUGCCUGAUGAAAGUCCUAGGGAACUAUUGCCGGAACCAGGACAUCAAGACUGCCAUCAGUGUAGGCGUGGUCGGUUUCCCCAAUGUCGGAAAAAGCAGUUUAAUCAACAGCCUGAAGCGGGCCCGGGCCUGCAGCGUUGGAGCGACCCCCGGAGUCACCAAGUGCCUACAAGAAGUUCACCUGGACAAACACAUCAAACUCUUGGACUGUCCUGGCAUAGUCAUGGCCACCUCUGCUUCUGAUGCAGCCAUGAUCCUGCGCAACUGCAUGAAGAUUGAACAGCUGGCGGACCCGGUUGGGCCGGUGGAAGCCAUCCUCAGACGCUGCAACAAGGAGCAGAUCAUCCAACAUUAUCGCAUUUCUGAUUUCAAAAGCACCACAGAAUUCCUGGCCCUGUUGGCCCGGCGUUUAGGGAAGCUGAAGAAAGGAGGGACUCCUGAUCAUGAGAAAGCAGCCAAAUCUGUACUGACGGACUGGAUGAGUGGGAAAAUCAGUUACUUCACGCACCCACCAGAGACCCACACGUUGCCCACCCACAUCAGUGCAGAGAUUGUCACCGAAAUGGGGAAAGCUUUCGAUUUUGAGGCCCUCGAGCAGGGAAACGUGGAAGCCUUAGCAAUAAUGCCUUCUGGGCCAAGUGGCAUUGGCAUGCAGACAUUAGGCUUCACCAGUGGAAUUGAAGAGGCAAUGGAGGAGGAAGAGCUCAGUGAAGAAGGAAGUGGAGAGGAGGAAGAAGCCAUGGCUGAUGACAGAGAUCCAGAGUUGGGGGACAUCACUGUGGAAAUAAAGAGCAACAAAAGCCAAAAAGCAGAGGUAACGCGGGUGGUUCCCCGAGCACCAAAUCUGCAGGACAUCCAGGCAUUGGAUCCCCUUCUCCAGGGUCAGGGUCUUCUGGCGGCAAGCAAGAAGAGGAAGAAGUUGCAGAAGAGAGCAGAUAAAAUUGCAACAAAGCUGUCUGAUACUCUGGUAGCUGCCAUGGACUUUACAUUCGCAGAUGAUUGAUAUGCAGAGAUUGGAUGGAACAGCAGCCAAAGCCUCAGGAUUGCAUCAUUCCCAAAACGGGCACUUUGCUGGGAAGGCAGUGAGUGACUAAAAUUUGGUUUUCUCCUCUGCUGGAGGAGGGAAAAAGAAUGCCAGGCUGAAGCCCUGCAAAAGUCCCAGCUAGGAAAACCAGAAGCGUGACCUGUGCUGCUUCACAACCCCUUGGAGACUGGCAGAGGAAUAGAAAGGGCAGAGCAAGGACAUUUCAGGCAAGACUUUGGCAACUCCUCAAUUGACAGCAGGCUGUGAGAUUUAAAUCGGAUGUUGUCAGCCUCUUGCACAAGGAGAAGUGAGAGUCUUGUGUACUGACAACCAAAUCCUUUAUUCCUCAUUUUAAAUAAAAUGAGUAUGGGAUGAUUUGAA